AUGGGCAUGUUUACGACGGUUAUAGCACAGGAAGAAGCCAGCGAUGCUGAGGAAGCAGAAGCCGCCGACGAUGCUGAAGCAUCUGAAGAAGAAUCUCAAACUAGCACUCCUGUGAGGCUUGAAAGUCUCGUUGUCGUAGGUUCGCGUUCAAGACCUCGUUCAAUACUUGAGUCCCCAGUGCCGGUCGAUGUUGUGUCGAAAGACGACUUUGCCAGACAGGGUGGCGCAGAUUUAACCGAUCUCUUGAGAACCCUGGUACCGUCUUUUAACAUCAAUACACAACCGAUUAGUGAUGCGUCAACAGUGGUACGUCCGGCGAAUUUACGGGGGCUUGCCCCAGAUCAUACGCUGGUACUGGUCAAUGGUAAGCGGCGACACCGUGCCUCAGUGAUUCACUGGCUCGGGAACGGUUUAUCUGAUGGUUCACAGGGGCCUGAUCUGUCGCCUAUUCCGGCAAUCGCGCUGAGACAGGUUGAGAUCCUACGAGAUGGAGCAUCCGCACAAUACGGUUCUGAUGCCAUUGCUGGGGUGAUGAAUUUUCAAUUGAAAGACAACCACGAAGGCGGUUCGUUUGAAUUCAAACCCGGUAUCUACCAGUACGGCGAUGGUCGGCAGUUUGCUGCCGCUGGCAACAUCGGUUUAGGGAACCCAGAGGCAUGGACGAAUCUCAGUUUUGAAUAUGGUGGCGCAGAUCCGACUAUCCGGUCUGUCCAACGUACUGAUGCUUUAAACAUGAUUAACGCAGGUAAUUUCAGUGUGAAAGAUCCUGCGCAAAUUUGGGGACAGCCGAUUGUGGAGAAUGACUUCAAAUUCUUCGCCAACUACGGUGCUUCCCUCACAGAUACCAUCAAUUUCUAUGGACAUGCUAACUACGCCCGCAAGCGGGUUGAAGGCGGAUUCUAUUUCCGAAAUCCCAAUACUCGCAGUGGCGUGUUUAGCACGACCGGUGGAAAGACGUUGCUCGUCGGGGAUUUGCGAGGUUUGACAGCCGAGACGGCGGCUUGGGAAGCCCGAAAGCAGGAAGCGGAGGUUGCCGGGAAUGAGUUUACCGAACUGUCGCCUCACGAUGCUGACGAUAUCCCGAUAACCAACCACGUUCCUGAUCCAGAACGGUUGCAAGCCGUCAAGAGUGACCCGAACCUAUUCACAUUCCAGGAGAUGUUUCCAGGGGGAUUCACGCCCAGAUUUGGCGCGUUCGCUUGGGAUAGUUCCGUCGCCGUUGGCGUUAAGGGCACUGCUCUGGAAGAAGCGUUAGGCAAACCCCUAACGUGGGAUGUGAGUGGUUCUUUUGGACGGCACCAUGCCGAUUUCUUUAUCUUCAAUACCGUCAAUGCUUCCCUCGGACCGGAUACACCGACAUAUUUUGAUCCCGGUGACUAUAUCCAGACGGAUUAUAACCUCAACUUUGAUGUAACGUAUCCGUUGCACGACCUGGUGUUUCUCGCUUCUGGUUUGGAAUAUCGGGAUGAAGGGUUUGAAAUCAUAGAAGGGGAACGCGAGUCGCAUCAGAUCGGGCCCCUCGCUGCUCAAGGUUUCACUGCUGCCUCCAACGGAUUUUCAGGGUUCAGCCCGGUCGCAGCAGGAAAUUGGCACCGCUCUAAUGUUGCUGCCUAUCUGGAAACUGAAAUCAGACCGAUUGAUCCGCUGCUGCUCGCGCUUGCUGUACGCGGUGAACAAUUUGAGGGCUUCGGUAGCACGCUGAACUAUAAAGUCGCUGCGAACUACAAGGUUACUGAAACGAUGCGGUUGCGGGGAAGUUAUAGUACCGGGUUCCGAGCACCGACACCCGGGCAGCAAAAUGCGUUCAACAUUACCACUGAAUACGAUUUUGCGAAGGGUGAUCUCGUUAAUAACGGAACAAUUCCUUCCACUAACGCUGCUGUUGGUAUUGUGACAGGCAAGGAAGAUAACUCGCUUGACCCGGAAACAUCAAAUAACUUCACAGGUGGAUUUACCGUUGAUAUUUUGGGCGUAAAUUUCACGCUGGACUUUUUUGGUAUUCGGCUGAAAAACCGGUUAUCUGUGUCACAAGACUUUACAUUGACUGCAGGGCAGAAGACGCAGCUCAUCGCUGAAGGUGUAACCAGUGCGGCGAAUCUGGAAAAAUUCCGGUUCUUUAUCAAUGACUUCGAUACCACAACCCAAGGUAUUGACUUUGUCGUUACAGCACCAAUUCCCAACGGAAACCUCAUCGCCGUGUAUAACUUCACGUCAACUACGGUUACCGAUUUCAAUCCUGACACGCUGGACGAUCAUCGAAUCAGGGAACUCGAAGAGAACUUACCGGAACACCGCGCCGGCCUGACUGUCGUUCAAUCCAUAACGGACGUAUGGGGAGUGCUCGGGCGUGCCAGUUAUUUCAGCGGUUGGUUCGAUUCUGAAGAUUUCUUACAGAAUCCAGAUGUGCCAGGCACUGGAGAAUACACUGGAAGGGUUAUUUUCGACUUAGAAACCACUUACACCGUGGGGUCCGGAUUGGCUCUCACUCUCGGUGGAAGAAAUAUCCUUAAUACCUAUCCCGAUGAAAAUCCGAAUGCUGCUGGUUCUGUUGGUAACAAAUACGGACAAUUCAGUCCGUUUGGGUUUGAUGGCGCGUUCUGGUAUGCCAAAGUCGGAUACAGUUUCUAA